UUGAAAUCACCCUCCUUGAUACCAUUGCCAUGCUCAUUCACUCUACACUCGCCUUAUGGAUCCCAUUCUUCGCGACUUCGCUCGCAGAAACCUGCUACUGGCCCAACGGCGACCCCGCGCCCUCCAACUACGUGCGUUGCCCGGACCAAAAGCUCUGCUGCGCGACCGGCGAGGCCUGUCUCAGCAAUAGGCUCUGCUACGGCGCGAAAUACAACAUCGCGUAUCGUGGUGCCUGCGUCGACAAAUCCUGGCCGGAAGCUUAUUGUCCGCGCGCUUGCUAUGACGAGAUCCCCGACGGAUGGGCCAAUCUUUACGCUUGCCCGAAUAACACGAACCAGGUCUUUACGUGUGGGAGACCGGGAUGGGCGGCGGACGUCUGCAAGGUGAAUCUGGGCAAGUAUGUUUGGGUAGAGGCGCAGGUGUCCGUUGCUAGAGUGUCGCAGCCAAUAUCGACAUCGACGUCGACGUCGACAUCAAUGUUGGUAUCGUCGACAAUGUCCAGAGCCGAAUCGACUAGUACUGGCGAUCCUCGAAGUACACCCACGGCUGCCGCAUCUGAUGGAUCGAUCGUUGGGGCUUGGGGUGCCGUUGCUGCUUGUUUGCGCGGGGAUCGUGGUCUUUUGUGUGGGUAUGAGAAGGCGUUCUUCAGGUGGUCUGGUGUAUACCGGGGAUGUCGCACCUGACUACUAUGCCGGAGCAGCGUUGGACGUGCAUACCAGAGGGAAGUUUGACGGUAGGGUCAGGGAGCUGGACUCGGGUCUGGAGAGGAGGGAACUGGAGGGUUAAAAUGGCCUGGUUGGGAUGUGUAUGGUAGAAGUGUUAUAUAGAG